CUCUCUCUCUCACAAAAACCAAACACUAUCUCUCGAGUAUCACAAGGAGAUAUGGGGAAUAAUAACGAAAUGUCAGCGAGCGAGGUUGCGGCGGCGAAGCAGAAGAACGUCGACGAUUGGUUACCGAUCACAUCCUCCAGAAACGCUAAGUGGUGGUACUCUGCUUUUCACAAUGUCACCGCCAUGGUUGGUGCUGGUGUUCUCAGCUUGCCCUACGCUAUGUCCAAUCUCGGAUGGGGACCUGGUGUGACGAUUAUGGUGAUGUCAUGGUUAAUAACUAUGUACACACUGUGGCAAAUGGUGGAGAUGCAUGAGAUUGUUCCAGGGAAGAGGCUUGAUAGGUAUCACGAGCUAGGUCAACACGCUUUUGGCGAAAAGCUUGGCCUAUGGAUCGUUGUGCCGCAGCAGCUUAUAGUGGAGGUCGGUGUAGACAUCGUUUAUAUGGUCACAGGAGGAGCAUCCCUUAAGAAAGUCCAUCAACUACUCUGUUCUGACUGCAAAGAGAUCAGAACUACAUUUUGGAUCAUGAUCUUUGCUUCCAUCCAUUUUGUUAUCUCUCACCUUCCCAAUUUCAACUCUAUCUCCAUCAUCUCACUCGCCGCGGCUGUUAUGUCCUUAACUUACUCAACUAUCGCUUGGACUGCAUCGGUGCACAAAGGGGUACAUCCAGAUGUGGACUACACUCCUAGAGCCUCUACCGAUGCUGGAAAAGUAUUCAACUUCUUGAAUGCGUUGGGAGAUGUGGCUUUUGCCUAUGCAGGUCACAACGUUGUGUUGGAGAUUCAGGCCACGAUCCCUUCGACUCCGGAGAUGCCAUCCAAGAUCCCAAUGUGGAGAGGAGUUGUUGUAGCCUACAUUGUAGUCGCCAUCUGCUACUUCCCUGUAGCAUUCCUCGGGUAUUAUAUAUUUGGAAACAGCGUUGAUGACAACAUUCUCAUCACUUUGGAAAAGCCUGUCUGGCUUAUUGCUAUGGCUAACAUGUUCGUGGUUAUCCACGUCAUUGGAAGCUAUCAGAUAUUUGCAAUGCCGGUAUUUGACAUGAUGGAAACCGUUUUGGUCAAAAAGAUGAAUUUCGAUCCUUCCUUCAAGCUCCGCUUUAUCACUCGUAGCCUUUACGUCGCUUUCACGAUGAUCGUUGCGAUAUGCGUCCCGUUUUUCGGUGGACUACUCGGCUUCUUUGGAGGAUUCGCCUUCGCACCAACAACUUACUACCUUCCAUGCAUUAUUUGGCUCGUUCUCAAGAAACCAAAGAGGUUUGGUCUAUCUUGGACAAUUAACUGGUUCUGCAUCAUAGUAGGAGUUCUUUUGACGAUCCUAGCCCCAAUUGGAGGACUCAGAACCAUCAUUAUCAACGCCAAGACCUACAAGUUCUUCUCUUAGAUCGAUCACUUUCUGUAACCACACAAACCAGAAAUAAAAUCACGGCCUGUCGAAUUUUAUGUGACUGUCCGUUUAAGUAAAUUUAUGUUCUCAUU